ACCGACAACAGUCUGUACUGAAAAAGUGAGAGAUCAGAAAACAGUGCGUAAAGCUGUGCCCGAUCUCGGGACGUUAGGAGAUAAUAGUUCGGUAGACACAAAUAUGAAGGGUUUAAAUAGAUGAAGGGGUAAUUUAAAGAAACGAAACCCCAUUUGGCUUGCGAAAAAAAGGUAGGGGUCUCCGAACCCCGUUACUAAAAGCAAAAAAAUGCCGCUUUCUCUACGGACGGUAGAGCCAGUCCGGUUAGGUAAGGGUUUUAGGUGUGGGUCAGCGGAUGACGUUAGUGACCCUACAGUUUCAACCCUUAUCGUAUCCCAGUCUAUGGCCAACAGUAUUUUGUCCAGAGCUUUGCUUCAACUGACCAGUUUGGUCAAACAUGCUGAUGGCAUUUUUACCAGUCUCUCUGACGAAUGCCAGAAGGUCUAUGAUCGGACUAAUCGAAUUAACGAACGGAUUUUUACCUUAACGCAAUGUGUGGAAAAUUUAAACCCUAAAAAGGAACCAAUUCCAUCCAUUGACUUGAAGAAAUUCCACAAGGACUCGCCACCAUUCGAUGCAAAACAUGGCUACGAAUGCAACCUGUUCACUGUUGAAAGCCGUCCCUGUUCUGUUAAGGAUCUGUAUUCUACAGCAGACAUCUCUCCGUCUGAAGGACUUAGUGCAUUGGAUGGUAUUCGUAAGGAUGGCUGGAGUGGGUCGACGAUGUUUAAACUCUGGCCAGUUGCUAAUAAAGACAUCAGUAUUUCAACUCCAGAUUUCAACUCAUCCAGAAAGUGGUAUUCUUACGAGAAUGUCAGGUGUGUCCGUAAAUGGCGACCGCCUCUACCAAUUCAGAACCAACCUGUCCAGUUCCAGAAAACCUACAAGACAUUGAAAGCACCUCAGCGAUCACAGACCAUAAAUUCCUUUGAUCACCUCAAUUCAAUAGAAGAUGGUGCUUCCGAUACAGACGAUCUGUCUGAUAUUUCAAAAUCCCAGCCAUCAAUUGUUGUUUCCAUAGAUACCUCAGGGGCCAGCUUUGAACGAAUGUGUUUGUAUCGUCGAUCACUUCGAGAUUCCAUAAACGAAAACUCAUCAGUUUGUACACGAAGGCGUUCUAUUUCUGGUCUGCCAGAAAGCAUCAUGAACGAAAUCAAAAACUUCGAAGCCCGAAAGAGAAACUCUAGAAGGUUCUCUUCCGUACCUCGUCGCUAUCCUAGAACGUACAGUUUUAAUGAUCUCGAUCCGAUUCAUUCCAAGGAUGAAGCCUUUGCCAAGUAUUUUGAAGAAAUUGAAGGCAAAUUGGAUGAGAGAAAUGAGUGGGACAACAUGAUGAAGCAGUCAUUUCUCUCCAAGAUCAUCUCUUGCAGUAAAUCGCAGUCAUCACCGCACCAUCAAAAAUCUAAAUUCCAAAAACUCUCAAGGACCAAUUCAAGCACACGUAAAGGCGCUUCUGAAGAUUUUGACAUGAAGAGUUUAGUCCAGACCAAUUCUGACCACGUGAAACAAAGCCGAAGAAAGUCUAGUUUCAUUGGGGAUAGAAUAAAAAGUUUCAUGAAAAUUGGUGGAAAACCUGAACGGAAAUCCCUUGACCUCGAGUUCUUUAAGAUUCCAGAUGGUUAUUACAACAGCCUGGAUGAUGCCAAGUUGUCAUUGUCUAAAACAACCAGUAUGCCGGAAAGAAUUUGUGAAACAGCCCCUGAAGCCCCAAAAACUGUUGAAGAAGAUUCUUCGUCAUGCCAGUUUUACAAUUUUUCUAACAACACCUUGCCCAGAGCUCAGGCAAAGAAAUAUGACUUCCCCUGGGAGAGUCUGCCAAAAGACUGGACCACCUCGGUACGACUGAGAGAAAUAUCCAAACGAAGAAAGGAAGAAAGACAAUCUUCGUCAGGUAACUGGAGUGCCACAUCAAGUGCACGACAAUCAAUUGAAUCCGACCAAACCAACAUGACUGUCGCCACGGAUCGUGUUGUCUCAUCGACGGCAUCAUUCUGCUCACUGGGUCAAGAUUCUGGCCGUGACUCUGCCACAGAGACCGAAUAUAGACGUUUCAGUGACACGGCAGAAUGUGGUGGAGAUGAAAUGAGCACAUUUACAGGGGAAACCAGUGAUCGAGACUCAUUAAACACAGAAUUGUUCAAACUCGAUGCUCUCGUGCAUCGACGGAAUCUGAUGGCACGAACCUUUAACCCUGACAACACGUCGUCCAGCAGUGUUGAGUCCAGCAACUUUUACCCUAAGACAGAUAUGUCGUUUUAUGAUCCUGAUAUGGUGCUGUCUUGCAGACAAUUCAAACAAGAUGAUGAGGUGUCAUCACUGUACUCUCUCGAUGAAGAUGGUUUCUACACAUCAUUCCACAGUGACAGUGGCUUGAAGGCAAUGAGAACCAUGUCUAAAAAUAGAAUGUCAGAACUGUCAGAGAUCUAUUCCAAGUUCAUAGGUAGAUCGAAACGCCAGACAUUCAGCGAAGCAACAGACAGGAAUCACAUUAUGGAAGAUAUAUGUGACCAGGAACUGGAAGCAGAAAUGAGAGAGGAACGAGAUCAAACGCCAACAAGGGAGAUGAACCCACCACGUCGCCUUUCUAGCCCAACAGAGAGUGAAACCAGUGACUCAACACUUACCAAUACUUCCAAUAGGAAUUCUUUGGUCACUGGCGCCAGUGAAUCAAAUUACUCAGAGUCUGACCAUGAGAUUAUCUACAAACAUAUAAAGAACAUGACUGUUAUUUCUCCGAAAUCUUUUCCUUCCUGGUGCAUUGUUUCAUCAUCUGGGAGUGAUGAAGAUUCUUCAAAUCAGCUUCAUGUUGGUCAGAAAACAGGAAGUGAUAGUUCCUCGUCAGGCAGCAGUCUUGUUGCCGAAGCCACUGCUUCAGACACAAAAGAUUCCGAUGAUGGAGGGAACACGCUUCCUCGAAAUUAUUUAGCAUCUGAGAAAUGGAACGUGAACCAAGACAAAACAGGAUCUUGGCCACGGACCCAUAAUAGUUCCAAUGAUGGCAAGAAACAAGGCAUUUUGAAAUCUUCAUUCCGCAAAGAUUCUAGUUCCAAAGCAAAGAUGCCAAAGUCUCUGAAUUUCUCUCCAUAUGUCAACAUGCUUCCAGCCGAUGAUCUUCAGACUCAGCAGUGUCUCUUGUCUGAUCUUUCUGUUACAAAUAAGCAUUAUUCUUCAUUGCCAGAACACAAUUCUUUCACAUCUACAUCUUCCGCAUCUUCUACAUCCAGUAGCACAACUAUUUGUAACGAUGACACUAGUACUGUUGUAACAAUGUCUGAUAGUGACUUUGACUUUCUUCCAAGAUAUCCGGCACCGGUAUCCAGCACAGCUCAUCAGAAAUGUUUCACUAUUGAAAGGGAACCCAGCACUAAUGCCAUCCAUAAUGAGACUUUGGUUUCAUGCCAGAAGAACAAUUCUUUAGAACCUCUAACAAACUCUGUCAUUAUUCGAAAACCUCUGGCUCAGCUUGCUAAUAAUAAUAAUAAUAAUAAUAAUAAUAAUAAUAAUAUUCAAUUUGGUGCUGUUAAUGAAGAGAUCAAUGUGAAUGCAAUCAUGCAUAGCAACUCCAGUUUGAAGCAGCAACUCCCAUCACCUGAUUUGAGUCCACCAUCAACUCCUUAUGCCGUGUCCUUCAUUCCAAAUGCUUUCACAUCCUUUCCCAGUGCCAAAGACCACGUUUCCCAGAAUUCCACGUCUUUUGCUUUCAAUAAACCUGAUUUGCAAAAGUUACCAGUCAGUGAAACUGUGGUUAUUAACACUAAUAAUAAUAAUAAUAAUAAUAAUAAUGAUAAUAGUAAUAGCAACAACAGCAGCCAAAACAACAACAACAACAACAUUGGUUUAACUGUGGAAAAUAGUAGCAAAAGAUUAUCGUUUUCUACAUUUACCAUACCGCCAUCGGGUCAGGAAGCCAGUGAGAAGACAAGUCCUACCGAUAAUAUACUUGCUGGGAACUUCAGCAAAAAACUUAAUUUGCUGCCAGAUACAAACCAAUCUGACUCAGUUUCCGAUCACUCAAAGCCAGAAUCCAGUGAUUCCAGCAGCAAGUAUAACCCUAGGAAUGGUUCCUAUCGUGUUGCCAUGUACGAACAGCCUGAGGAAGAGCCGAAACGGUUGGAUUCUUACAGACUGGCCAUUUCAGCAUCCAAUAAACUAACCGAUGACCCAGUCACCCGGAAUGGUUCUUAUCGUGUCGCAGUACAAGACAUCAAUCAGAACAACAACAACAGCAACAAUAUAGAACCUACCAGCAGGUCUGAUUCUUAUCGUGUUGCCAUGAAGGUGGAAGCGAGUGAUCGGCGCAGUAAAUCACUCAGUAAAGAUAUUCGUAGACAAGGCAUUACUGACAUCAAUCAAUUGAAGAUGGAUGGUAACCAGCAGUAUGAUAAUUUUAUAAGUUCUCCUGUACAAAAGUCUACAAGUUUCAGAUCAAAGAUGACUAGUGUGUUUGGUGGUAGCAAACCUGAUUCUCAGCUCUUAACCAAACCACAAAACUCAAAGAAAAAAUAUCCAAAAGGCAACACUUAUUUGUCUGAAAGUACUUCUCUGUCCACCUUGAAGAAUUUGGGCAAAAAAUCAUCAUCUUUGCCAAACCAAAGUACUGAUCUACAUACUUUCAAAAAACUUGUCUCUCAACAAACUCCAUCGUCAUCUCCAAAAACCUCAGCUGUUGAAGUAUUGAAGCGAAAACCUUCACCUCCUUUCUCUAAAGACGUAUCGUCAGAAAGUGGUAACAGAAGUAUUCUUGGAGGGUUGUUCCAGAGACCGUCAUCAUGGGGUGGAACCAGUAAAGUAAAUCCCAAGAUGUCAACUUACGUCAGUUUUGACACAAUCUUUGAAGACAAAGAAAUCCUCUCCAAUGCCUCUUCGAUAGAAUCGCUGAGGUCACCUUCUCUCACAUCAAUUAAAAAAAUUGGUGACCCAAGCAACUUACACACGGUCAAAUUUAACCAUGGGUUAAAAGCUGAUCGCAAAUCUUUGCUGGAAGUAAAUAAACAUCUGUCGGAAGAGGAGAAGAGAAAUCGAAAGAAGCGUUUGGCAGGUACUGUAGAUGAAAAAGCCGUCCAGUCGGUGCUGGACAGUAUCAAGACAACCAUAAAAUCUAUGACUUCAAGGUCAGACUCCUCUUAUAAACAACAUUCUUCAGCAACUUGAUGUGUUUAAGAAUCCAGGUUUUUAAAAAAAAUUUUUUUCUGUCCUGAAAGAAAGAUCUAAAGAAGAUCUUAGUUCCUUCUAAUGAAGGCCUAACGGGAAUAAUUUCUUCAUUAAAAGAAGAAACUAGAGAGGUAUUUCUAUGGUAAAGACACAUCUAGAAAGAUCCAAAGACGGUUUGUUUUUCUUCUUGCUCCAUUGUUUGUUGCUUCCAGAAAGAAAGAUCUUUCCAGAAGAUGUGCUCCCCCGUCUGCCCACCUCCCUCUUCAUUAACCUGUCGUGCAUGUCUUUUAACAAUCGCCGCCACCUUUACCACCAUCACUCUCAUCGUCACUGCCACUAUCACCAUCCUCAUCCCUAUCAUCAUCAUCAUAAUCAUCAUCUCAAAUUUGAUUCAGUCUCGGUGCUGAAUUCAAAGAAUAGCCAAAAUACCGUCCCACUCCAUCCUGUCUUUGAUCCACCCAGAGUGACAAUAUUUUCACAAUAGUGAAGACUCACUCUUUUAUUUGAGUCAUUGAAGACCCUACAAUCAAUGUGGGCUCCUGGUGAGCAAAUUCAUUGAUAUGGUUUCAAUUCUCACUUGAAGCACAACGUUCUUUUUUUUUUUUGAGUUCAUUAAUGUCAUUUAAUGCUCUUAGGCAGGGCAUGAGCACCUCAUAAUCUUCUUUCCCUCUGUAAACCCAAAGCUCUUGUAACCUAUAAUAUAUAACAGAACCAAUGCUUUACAUAUCAUUUCUGCUCUCUCUCCCUGAAUUCUGUGCACUGGGGUUGCAGUUUUUGUUUGGGGCAAAUUCACUUCUCUUCCACUAACACUCUUAGGGAAAAGCAUGAACAUCACAAGUCUAGCAGCAUUCCUUCUCUCUGUCUAUCAUUGUCCAUUUGAUAAAAGGGAAACAAAACACAUUAAGUCUCUGAGCUUUAGCUAAAAUGAAGAUGAAACAAGUAAAAGAAUAUAUAUAUAUAUAUAUAUAUAUAUAUAUAUAUAUUUGUGUGUGUGUAAGUCAUCUAAGAAUCCACAAGUCUGGAAAAGAGAGCAGUUGCUAUAUUUCAUUCCAUAAUGGCUACCUCUGAUGAGCACAGGGUUACAUAAUCGGAUUGUUACCUAACACUCUGUUGAAUCCCUAGCAUGAAACCAAUUGGUAAGAUUGGCCGUAGUGGAUAUAUAAUAGUGUACACUUUCAGAUGAUAAUACACACACACACACACACACAUACACAAUUUCAGUGUAUUUUUACCAUAGAGCAAGUAAUUGUAGCAUAAUGUCCUUGGUCACACACACAGUAGUGCAUCUAAGAACAGUAAUAGCAAUUUGAAGGUACCACCUCAGUGCACUAGUUGUGGAUAGCUGGCACCUACAUUACACCAGCAACAGCAGCAAAUGCUGUGUGACAAAUGUAAUAAUGAUAAUAUAAAAAUAAUAAUAAUAAUAAUAAUAAGCCUGGUGUAUCCUUAUCAGCCGAGUAGUUAUGCAUUUAUUGGGCUUCGUAUAUAUGUACCCCAGUGUCACUGUGAUGGCAUGUGCUGCUCUCUCACUCAAUAAUAAUGAUAAUAAUAAUGAUAAUGAAGCUGGUAGAUGAACUACAAAAGUGUCUUCUACAUGAUUGCUUGUCCCCAAAAGUAGGAUUUAAAAGACAGUUUAUUGUCAGAAACCUGGGACCAGACCUUCUAGCAUGACCCUCACUCCUAAGCCACAGAUUUAUCUUUGAGUUUCUGUGGUUGCUCAGUUUCCUAGAACAAGCAGUCAAAUCUCCCUCCAGUUACAUCAUAGGCAUUAAAUGAUGUAGACUUAUGUAGCUGAACAGACUGAAUGAUCAUCACAGGAAUGCCUUUCAUCACCAGGUUGACCAGAUCAGGGCUGAACUGGGGUUAAAACAUCUUUAAUGAUUGAUUGGUCAACAACAGCAGUGGUGGUGGUGGUGGUGGUGGUGGUGAUGGUGAUGGUGUGGUCAUGGUGUGGUCAUCUUCCAUCUGGGAAAAACAAAUUGUUCCAACAAAAACAAAAACAAACAAGUGUUAUUAUUUUCUUAUUUAUUUUUAUUUGGUUAUUUCUUUGAUUCAGUUCCGGUUCACCUGACCUCCCCAAUGUUUUGUUGUAAAGUCCUAGAGAUGAUAAUAUGGACUGAGGCAUAAAUAUGUACACCUACCUUUGUCAAACACUAUGACAUAUAAGUAUAUAUACAUAUAUAUAAACAUAUAGU